UUUUAUACUCCUCAAAACCCUAAAGCUUUUCUUCUUACUUCCGCAAACAAAGCUUUUGGCUCUCACACAAACAUCAGCUCUGUAGUUGCCUCUCACUAGCAGAUCUGUGAAGAUGUACACGUCGAAGCAAAAGAUUCACAAAGAUAAAGAUGCUGAACCUUCUGAGUUUGAAGUGUCUGUUGCACAGGCUUUCUUUGAUUUGGAAAACACCAACCAAGAGCUGAAAAGUGAAUUGAAGGACCUAUACAUCAAUUCAGCAACUCAAAUUGAUGUGUCAGGAAACAGGAAGGCUGUUGUUAUCCAUGUUCCCUACAGACUGAGGAAAGCUUUCCGCAAGGUUCAUGUUCGCCUUGUUAGGGAGUUGGAGAAGAAAUUCAGUGGCAAGGAUGUGAUCUUUAUUGCCACCAGGAGGAUAGUGAGACCUCCUAAGAGAGGUUCAGCUGCUCAACGACCCCGCACCAGAACUCUUACAUCUGUUCAUGAUGCCAUAUUGGAGGAUUUGGUUGUCCCUGCAGAGAUUGUUGGGAAGCGUACUAGGUAUCGCGUUGAUGGCUCCAAGAUAAUGAAGGUGUACUUGGACCCCAAGGAACGAAACAACACAGAGUAUAAGUUGGAGACCUUUUCAGCAGUUUACAGAAAGCUUUCAGGCAAAGAUGUUGUGUUUGAGUACCCCAUCACUGAGGCUUAAGUUAAUGUAAUGCUUGUCCUCGUCUAUUUGAUGUGAAACUACACAUUAGCGGUUCCUCCUUUGAAAUUUUGGCAGUUCCAUUUUGUUUUAGAAUGCAGGGAACUAUGUGAAAUUCCUAUCAAUUUUAAGUUAAAACCAUGUUGCUAUGUCAUAGAUUUCGAGUUUGUUUAUUGAAA